AUGGAGAUCGGUACCAACGAACUAACACGGCCUUUUCGAAUUCCACGUCGGAAAACCGGUGAAGAGACAUUGAAAGAAAGUGACGAUAAGUCAAAGCGGAAACGUGGAGCUGGUGACUCAGAUCUGCGAUCACCAUUAAUUGCGAGCGCUAGUACACGCAAAAAUGAUUCUACUUUUUCAAGCCGAAUCGUGCCACCAACCAAAAGAAAAGCAUCACAAGAACAUCGUGGGACUGCUGUAAAAAAGAAUGCAGCUAAACUUCCAUCGAGCGGUGGUGAAGUAUUUGAUAAGAUUCUCGGUAGUAUGGUUAAUCCACCUAAGGAACGGAAACCAGAUGUACCAAAAGAAAGAGACGAACCUGGUCCAAGUGGUACUAGUGCGCAGACUCGACAACAACAGCAACAGCAGCGUGGUGGUAUUCGACAGUUGACUCGAGAGGAACUGGAACGGCAACAUGUCGACAAUUCGGCAUGCUAUGCAUUCUUACGUAAAGAUGGUCUCAUGGAACGUCUAUUAGGUCAUAAGAUGCUGACUGGACGUGUUGAUUCUCAUAUUGCUUUAGGCUAUCUUCCGUUCGAUCCGAACGAACAAGCUCCAUCAAGAAAAGCGAAUUAUGCGAGUAGCAGUGCAUUCGAGGAAUUUCCAAAGAUAUGUGAACCCCCACCAGUUGCGGUAGCAGCCGAAGAACGAAGAGGUCCACGGACUCCACCUGGUUCGCCAGGUCGUGAAGAUAAUUCUUCAUUGAUGACCUCUCGAGGUGCUGCCUCAGCAUCACCGUCAAGUCCACCGCCUCCACCACCUCCUGAAGAAAUUACUGAUGCAAAGAAAGCAGUUGAUGAUUCAUCGAAUCUCAUCGCCGAGAUGGCUGAGUUAACUAAGCUUCCACAUAGUCAACUAGCCGAAUGUUUAGGUGAAGAACUGCAGAAUGCUAUGAAACAGGUCGAUCAAGCAGUACUACUGAGCACACUGAAGGAUGCCCUCAUAAAAGUUGGUAAAAAGAAUGCAUCGGAAAUGGAAAGUUCUCAACUAUCACAAGCAAUUCAAGAUGGAAGUACCAAAUUACUAGCAAUGCAACAACAGCAACAACAUAUGCAAAAUGCAGUUGAUAUUUCAUCACCAGCGGUUGAAAUGGACAUAGAAAGUGACCGGAGUGAUAAUGAUAAUGAAAUGAUCAGUGAUCAAGUGCAAGUUCUUCCGCCGCCUCCCCCAGCACCCUCAACACCACCACAUCAAUCUGUUGUACAUUUACUAAUCAGUGGUGCUAAUGCGAUCCCUUCGCAAACACCGCCAACUGUAAACAUUAUACCAACACCGCGUUGUAUCCUGCCCACACCACCCCCUCCUCCGCCAGUUGUGUUGCAACCUGCACCCCCGCCACCUGUUAUACCAACAACAUCCACUACUCUACCAGUACCACAACCACCUUCGAUUUCAUUAGUGAAUACAGGCUUGGUAAAUACAGCCCCUGUUUCAACAACACCGAUCUUGAUAAGUUCCUUCAAUACACCUCCACCGAUUCCAUUUGUUGCAUCGAACCAACAGUCCUCAUUGAAUAGCACACCCAGUCUUCAUCAAGAUACAAGCACUCUGUUUUGUGGUGGUGCUGUGGGUGUUUCAUCGUCAGUAUCAAACGUUGUUACUGCAGCGUCAUUGUUACAUACCACCACAAGCGCUCAAUUAACUUCGUUCACUACGCCACCUCCUCCAGCUAUGCCCAAUACUGCAUUACCCCCUCCAGUUACACCGUUCAUCACAGCUAGUUUACCUCGUUUACCUGUAUGUCCCAGUGAAAUUGCCAGUCCUACACCAAAUAUUGCAUCUGCAAUCAGUGUAUCUGGUGCAUCUGUUGGUGUGCAGCAGUCCGAAUCCUCAGCGACAUUGUUAAUUGCUCCGUCAAUACCUCCUUUGCAUACUUCUCCAUUAUUGGCAUCUGUGCCAGUGAAUAAUCUACCAAACACACCAGUUAAAUUCACACCAUCAUUGCAGCAACAACAAACAGUUCCUGUAUCAUCCUCAUCUAGUCAACCACAAGCACAAUCAUCCGAAGAGACAAAACCAAUACGAAUGCCUCUUUUAACAACACCAGUUGAUUUCUCUAAGCCACCACCUCUGUCCAGUGCUACAGCACAACUGACGGCAUCCAACGUGCACACUUCACCGAAUUGUCAGUCAAUUUUUCAGCAAACAUUCAACGUUCCUCCACCAGUUAAAACUCCGUCAUCCUCAUGUGCUCCUGUCAAAGAACCUGUCUUCCCGUCAUCUUCUCAUCCAACUUUCUCACGUCCGAAUGGCGAUGCCAAACGAUCAUUCAAUGAAAGUGUAAGCCCUAUGAAGCCAAGAAUGUCAUCAGUUGCGAAAGAAACCUUCGUCGCAUCGUCACCUUACAAGGAACAUUUUGUGCGUUCAGAACGUCGACCGUUAGUAUCGACUCCUCCGGUGCAGCAGUCGUCACCAUCAGCACAGCGGCAGUCAGUAAUUGUUGCCGAGCAAAGUCAGUCAACACCAACCUCUCAAAAUGUUAUUCGAACUCUGAUGUCCGCUUUAGCAAUACCAACCUCAUCAUCAAAUACCAUCACCAACAAUAAAUCAAUGCUCCCAUCAAAUACAAUUUCAAAUCCAUCUGUUUGUACUGCAGCAGUAAUUGAUAUUAGUCAGCCACCACCGGGUGGCUCUAUCGUUAAUUCUCGUUCUGAUUCACCAGUACUGCUAGAUCGUUACGGAUGUCCACUGCCUGUACCAGCGAAACGAUCUGCUCUUAUUGAUCGAGUGCAGCCACAUACCACGAUGAUGGGAAAUGUGCUAUCAUCAUCUAAUUCAGAAGGCUUUCCAUCUAGAUCUGAUAUGGUUGCCCUGCGUAAGCCACCUACAGAUGUGAAAACUGAAGAAGAAGAUGCAGAACUGGUAGAUUUCAGUUGGCCGCCGGCAAAUAUUGAGGAUCAACAACGACUGAAAUCAAAUGGUACUCAUAACGAACACGCAGCACAAUUACAGGCGCAGCAAAAACAGGUGCAUUCAAGACUCAACUCUGCAUCGAAAUCAUCUGCACAACGAGCCGGCACGAGUGUAUCUGCUUUCAAUGAACACACCUCUGCAGCACAGUUUCAUAAGCAAAGGAAUACAAAUGCACAUCAUCCACAUCCACCAAAUAACGAUAUACCAAAUAGACCAUUAUCACUGAUCAGAAACCCACCUGCAGUUGUUCGAAUGCCACCGCCAUUCGGAAUGCCACCACCGUUCAGAAUGCGUGCGCAUCCACCGUUUCCUCUACGAAGGCCACCACCACCAGCAUCAUUUGCUCAUCGUGUACAAGCCAGUGGUGGUCGUGCGAUGAGGCCAACGUUUCGUCGGUAG